CGCCGAGGACGAGGACGCGGAUAUGGUCAAGUUUGUGAUCCGACCACUGCUGCCGCGCGGCGCCUGCCUGAUCGGCAAGAUAUUCCUGAUCGACAGCCACUACAAGGCGCUGGGCCAGGGACCGGAGAACAUCCAGGUUCUGGAGCUGGGAUACCUGCGACGACCCGGCAAGCGUAGUGAGCUCGCCCACUGCCAAGUACUGCCGCCGGAGGACAUCGACCAGCACGACUGGCUCAACGACUGGCUGAGGGCGGCGUUUCCGGGCCGCCGCGUGCGCCGUGUGUACCCGGCGCCGUUCACAGGCAGGUCGUGGCCCAAGACGAUGCGCGCGCUGCAUCGUGCCGCCCGCAUCCACACGGCCAACGGCGGCGAAGACAGCUACGCCAUCCUCUUCCUCAGCUCACUCCGGGACGUACUGAACUAGUGCCGGCGGAGCGAGGCGCUUGGGGGCGUCGCCCACGCCGCCCGCGCCCCCGCGCCGUUGA